GGCGCAGUAGCGGUUCGGAGUGAGGGUAGCACGUUAAGCUGAAGGCUGUGUCGAGCGCCGCGGCACAGGUCCUGGCCUUGAACCCAGUGUGUGGUGGGAAUCCCGAGCCGGGCCAGGUCUGGGUCCCUGGGAAUGGAUCUCGUGUGGAGUGCGUGGUACGGAAAGUGCGUCAAAGUGAAAGAAUCGUCGCCACUCUGGGCUCAGAGCAUCGUGGUCGCCUGGCUCACUAGGGCCGAAUGGGACCAGGUGACGGUUUAUCUGUUCUGUGACGACCAUAAGUUGCAGCGCUACGCGCUGAACCGCAUCACCGUGUGGAGAAGCAGGUUAGGCAACGAACUCCCCCUGGCAGUGGCUUCUACUGCUGACCUGAUACGCUGUAAGCUCAUGGAUGUAACUGGUGGCUUGGGCACUGAUGAACUUAGACUGCUGUAUGGCAUGGCAUUGGUCAGGUUUGUGAAUCUUAUCUCGGAGAGGAAGACAAAGUUUUCCAAGCUCCCUCUCAAGUUCCUGGCUCAGGAGGUGAACAUUCCGGAUUGGAUUGUUGAACUUCGCCAUGAGUUGACCCACAAGAAAAUGCCUCAUAUAAAUGACUGUCGCAGAGGCUGCUACUUUGUCCUGGAUUGGCUCCAGAAGACCUACUGGUGCCGCCAACUGGAAAACAGCCUGAGAGACACCUGGGAGUUGGAGGAAGAUGGGGAAGAGACAGAUGAAGAGGACCAGGAGGAAGAUAACAUCAUUGUCGAUGACAUCACAGAACAGAAACCAGAGCCUCAGGACAAUACGAAAGAUGAUGAGUCAGCUGUCAGGGCUGAUGGUGACAGCAAAGGCAGUGACGAGAUGGAUUCUUCUUGCAAAAAGGCUCUGAGACAUAAAGAGCUAUAUGAAAGAGCCCGAGAACUGCUGGUGUCAUAUGAAGAGGAACAGUUUAAGGUGCUGGAGAAAUUUAGGCAUUUACCUCAGGCCAUUAAGGUGUGGAGUGACGCGUCCCCACGUGUAGAAUGCGUCCUGGCAGAGCUCAAGGGCAUUACGUGGGAGAACAGGGAGGCAGUGCUGGAUGCUUUUCUAGAUGACGGCUUUCUCAUCCCCACGUUUGAGCAGCUGGCAGCUUUGCAGAUAGACUAUGAAGAUGGUCAGACUGAGGUCCAGAGAGGGGAAGGUACUGAUGCAAAGUCACACAAAAACGUGGACUUGAGUGACAUCCUGGUGCCAAAGCCGUUCUCUCAGUUCUGGCAGCCCCUGCUCAGGGGCCUGCACUCCCAGACGUUCACGCAGGCCCUGCUGGAGAGGAUGCUCUCUGAGCUGCCAGCCUUGGGGGACAGCGGGAUCCGAUCCACCUACAUCCUCAGAUGGACUGUUGAACUGAUCGUGGCCAACACCAAGACCGGACGGAAUGCUCGCCGAUUUUCUGCAAGCCAGUGGGAAGCAAGAAGGAGCUGGAGGCUGUUCAGCUGCUCCGCCUCCCUUGACUGGCCCCGGGUGGUGGAGUCCUGCUUGGGCUCACCUUGCUGGGCCAGCCCCCAACUCCUUCAGCUCAUCUUCAAAGCCAUGGGGCAGGUCCUGCCAGAUGGGGAGCAGGAGAAGCUGCUGCGCAUCUGUUCCAUUUAUACCCAGAGCGGAGAAAACAGCUUGGUGCAGGAGGGCUUCGAGGCCUCCACCAUUGGGAAGUGUCCGUACACGCUGGACAGCCUGUAUUGGAGUCUCAAACCAGCUGGCUCCAGCCUCAGGUCUGAAACAAAGGCCCAGCAGCAGCAGGAGGAUCAGGGCAGCAUUCAUGAUGUCAAGGAAGAAGAGAAGGAAGAGAAAGAGGUCUUGCAAGACCAGGUGGAAGAGGAGGAAGAGGAGGAGGAAGAAGAAAAUUAUGACCAGGAAGAAGAGGAAGAAGAGGAUGAUGAUGAGGAUGAUGAUGAGGAUGACGAUGAGGAUGACGAUGACGAUGAUGAUGAGGAUGAAGAGGAAGACAGAAUGGAGGAGGGGCCUUUCUCUAUAGGGCAGGAGUCCCCCACUGCUGAGAAUGCCAGGCUCCUGGCCCAGAAAAGAGGAGCUCUGCAGGGCUCUGCAUGGCAGGUUAGCUCUGAAGAUGUGCGAUGGGACACGUUCCCCCUAGGCGGAAUGCCAGGUCAGAGCGAAGACCCAGCAGAGCUCAUGCUGGAGAAUUAUGACACCAUGUAUCUUUUGGACCAGCCUGUGCUAGAGCAGCGGCUGGAACCCCCAAUGUGCAAGACUGGCACCCUGGGCCUGAGCUGUGGUGUUGGCAGUGGCAACUGCAGCAACAGCAGCAGCAGCAACUUUGAGGGCCUUCUCUGGAGCCAGGGGCAGCUGCAUGGGCUCAAAACUGGCCUGCAGCUCUUCUGAUGCCAGCCCUGGUGCAAGUGUUCAUCCAGCCCUGCCAGGGCAACAGCCCAUGCCCCAGCGUACCUGAUGCUCCCUGAGACAACCUGAGAGACAACCCGGAUCAGCCACGUCAGCUCGGCUUUCCACCACAGUGGAACUUUGAAUGUCUUUUGGGUCUGUUUUGUUUUGAAAAACAAUAAACAGGUAAUUGU